AUGUUUCUAUUUGGAAAGCAAAAGACACCUAAAGAGAUUCUAAGAGAGAAUCAAAGAUCAUUAAAUAAAUCAAUGAGAGAAUUGGAUAGAGAAAGAGUUAGUCUUCAAAACCAAGAGAAAAAGAUUAUAUUGGACAUUAAAAAGAUGGCCAAGCAAGGACAGAUGAAUUCUGCAAAGAUCAUGGCAAAGGAUCUUGUAAGAACAAGAUAUCAUAUUCAAAAGUUUUAUGAAAUGAAAACACAAUUACAAGCUGUUAGUUUAAGAAUUCAAACAUUACAAUCAACACAAUCAAUGGCAGAAGCAAUGAAGGGAGUAACAAAGGCAAUGACUGUUAUGAAUAGACAAAUGAACCUUCCACAAUUUACAAAGAUUAUGAUGGAAUUUGAACAACAAUCAGACAAGAUGGACAUGAAGGAAGAGAUGAUGAACGAUACUAUGGACGAUGUCAUGCAACAAGAUGGAGAAGAAGAGGAGUCACAAGAAAUUUUGAAUCAAGUAUUGGAUGAAAUCGGUAUUGAUUUGGCUUCUCAACUUGUAGAUGCUCCAACCUCUACAACUGCAACUGGACUUGCUUCAAAACAUCAAGUUAAUGGUUAA